UCUGCUUGUUUAGAAUUGUAGUGGUUGUUGUCGUUAAGACGUUUCGGAACCUAUUUAUUUGUUCCUUUGCAAUAUUUUUCUGUCAGUAAGUUCAGAGCGUUAAAACAUUCGAAAUAUGGAUCCCGCAUUACUGCGAGAACGCGAGGCUUUUAAGAAGAGAGCUCUUGCCACACCAGUGGUUGAAAAUAAAAAGAAAAAAGAAUCGACAGAGGAUGAAACAAAAAAGAAAACAAAACCACCACCAAAAUCCACUGCUGUGGCACCCCGGAUAGAUGCUACAAACUACAAGCAUAUGUCAGGGAGCUCCCAAUAUAAAUUUGGUGUACUAGCCAAAAUUGUGAAGCACUUAAAAACAUUACACCAGGAUGGGGCUGACCAUGCAUUAACUUUAGAAGACAUCCUUGAUGAAACUAAUCAACUUGAUGUUGGCAUGAAAAUUUCACAGUGGUUGCGAACCGAAGCUUUGGCUAGCAAUCCAAAGAUUGAGGUGACCUCUGAUGGCAGGUACAUGUUCAAGCCACCUUACAGAAUAAGGGAUCGCAAGGGUCUCCUGAAGCUCUUAAGACAAACCGAUUUAAAAGGCUUUGGAGGUAUUCUUCUGGAUGACAUUCAAGAAUCCUUACCCAACCACGAAAAGAUUUUGAAAAUACUUGACAAAGAUAUCGUCUACAUCACCAGGCCCAUUGAUAAGAAGAAAAUAUUGUUUUAUAACGAUAAGACAGCCCAUAUGCCCAUCGAUGAUGAAUUUCAAAAGCUUUGGCGAUCUGUCGCUGUUGACGGAAUCGACGACAAUAAAAUCGAGGAAUAUUUGGAGAAGCAAGGCAUUCGCUCUAUGCAAGAUACCAGCCUGAAAGUCAUGCCUUCCAAACUGAAACGGAAAGCUGCACCUAAGAAACGAACUUUUAAGAAACCACGUGAUAAUGAACAUCUUAAAGAGAUUUUAGAAGAAUAUGAAUAAUCGUGAAGUCAUUUCAUACCCGCAUUAGUAUGAUGACAUUUUAAAUUUGUAUUUUACAAGAAAACGCAAAAUCGAUGAUUUGAAGUAAAACAAAAAUAUAACACCUAAAUAACAA